AGGAAGCUAUGCCUGAGGAUAAAGAAGCAGCUGAUGAUCAGAAAGAUCCCUUUGCCCUGAACAUAUCUUGGUGUUUUGGGUUCAACAAAGAGGUCGGAGUCCAGAAUAUAUCUCCAAACAGUAGCAAGAAGUUAAUUCUGUAUGCGGCUGGUCACACUGGGAUCAUUUAUGAUUUUGUUAAUAACACUCAGACCCUGUUACAAGGUCACACAUCGAACAUAACCUGUAUAGCUGCAAGUGGAAAUAAACGAUGGGUUGCAUUAGGAGACAAUGGGCCUGACAACAUGAUUUCCAUAUGGGACACAACGUCUGGAACACCUAUACGAAAUAUCUUUAAUGUUGGUGGUGUCAUGUCUUUGGCUAUUAGUAAUGAUGCUCGUUAUGUUGCUAUGAUCAGUUCUCUCAACAAUGAAUUCAUUAUUUGGGAUUGGACCUCUGAAAAUGAUGAACCUUUGUUCAGAAAAGAACUUGAUGCAAAUCCUCAAACAUUUCUAACUUUCAACCCUGAAAAUUCAUCAGAGCUGGCUUCCAACAGUCUCCAUGAAGUAAUCUUUUACCAUUUUGAUGACAAAAAUCUUACUGUGCACAUUCCGGAUUUACCUGAAAAAGAUUUUAACAAGCCAAUUGGUAACUUCAGUCAGACUGCAUUUAAAACUGGAUCAACAGAAGCCUUAGCAGGCAGCAAAGAUGGUUCUGUUACAGUAUUUGACAAUGAUGGAUUAGCAGAAAACGGUGCAUACAAAAAGGUGCUUAAACUUGUAAAACUCAUUGAUGAUCCAAUUACAGUGGUCACCAACUUUGAUGAUUUGGUAGCUGUAGGCAGCAAAGACGGUGCUGUAAGAUUUUAUGAUUCUCAGCUGAGGAUUAAAAAUUGGUAUGGAACAUUUGAUUCAGGACGUGUCGACUCGAUUUCAUUUGCUUGCAACGACAAAAAUUCUUCAGAGAGUGAUGAAAAUAUCAAAGCUAUGCCUGCUGAAUCGACAUUAAAUGCUCAACCAUUUGUAGUAACUGAUUUCACAAUAAGCACUGACGAAUCCAUCAUUUGCCAUGUACCAGCAAAAACUAACCAAGUCAAGAAGUUACUCCAGGAGCAUGAUGAUGCUGUUAAAGCAAUCGAUACACACCCUGUCUCCAAUUACAUUGCUGUUGGGAGUUACUGUGGACUGCUCAAGAUAUGGGACUAUAUUGAAAAAUCAGAGGUCAACUCUCGUGCUUUUGGACUUGGAAACGAGAUCACUGCAAUGAGCUACGACAAAGUCGGGGAGUUUCUUGCUGUUGGAUUUUAUGAUGGUACUAUUCUGAUACUUGAUAGCACAACUCUGGAGACAAUAUCUGGAGGUGAAUUCAGCCAUGCAAAAGCGCUUAUAACCCAACUUGCCUUUUCUCAUGACAGCAUUUUCUUAGCAGCAACUGAUCUUGAUGAUACUACAACACUUAUUAAAAGAGCCAGUGAUUCUGAAAACGAGUGGAACUACAUCGGUCGCAACAAGGCUCAUUACAAGUCCAUAGUCAACAUCAUAUUUGGCAUUGCCUUGGAUUCUAACGUACCAAGACUUUUGACUUUGGGAAUGGACAGGAAUUUAGUAGAAUAUGAUAUUCUGAACAGCACAGAAGACAACCUGAUUGUGAUGAGCACAGACAAAAUAGAACAAAGUGCAACUCCAGUAUCAUGUGCUUGGUAUCCUCCAAUCAAUAAAGAGCAUUUCUUACUCGUGGCUAAUUCUGAGUACAAGUACAAAUUAUUGAAUGCUACCACUAAAAGAUGCAGGAAAACUCUUCUUGGGCCAACUCAUGGAUCACACAUACAGAAAAUCGUAAAUCUUGCUUAUCCUGAGGACAAGCACUACAUAGCGUUUAUAACAGAAGAUAAGAUAGGGAUGACGACUCUGGCACUGGAUGGCAAUCCCCACAACACUACAGCAUUACUGGCCCACUGUGACGGUGCAAGCAAUAUAGUUGCCUGUCCUAAUAGCAGAUUCCUCUUCACUGUUGGAGGAAAGGUCUGUAGAAUGUGGGAAGUGAACCCUGAUGUGCUGCAUGCCACAGCUGCUCUAGGUGGAAGUGGUCUGGAACCUUUCUACCAACUGUUGGAGGGAGGAAAAGAGGGGCCCCUGGCUAAGGAGAUGGAAGAAUACUUCUAUUACUCUCAAAUGAGGAGCCAGUCUGUAGCUACCACAAAACAUAGAAAGGUGGGCCAGCAUGUUGCAUUGGAGGAAGUCCCAAACAUAAUGCGUGCACUGGGUUUCUACCCCACUGAGCUUCAAGUACAAGACAUGAUCAACGAAGUGAAGUUCUCUCAGUAUGUUGAUACUGGAAAAACGGUAUCUGAAAUAGAUCUUGAGACCUUGAUAAAACUGUACUGCAACCACCGCCCCGUCUUUGGGUUGCCCCUCUACCAAGUCUACGACGCAUUCAGUACGCUGGCUGGCGCUGAUAGUGACGGUCGAAUAGAUCGAGGUCUGUUACUUUCACUGCUGCAAAACAAAGGAGAACACAUCUCGGAGCCGGAACUGGCAGAAUACCUAGCUUCUCUGCUAGAAUUACACGGCAGUGCCACCAACAAGGAAGACAAGAUGGCAGUGGUUGUUGCUUCUGAGGCUGGGACCACUCUGGAGAGAGUCUUACCGGAGAUAAUAGAUGCGGACAUGUUCACUGGACACGUGUUAGGGUUCAUGCCCGCUGCUAUUGCUGAGUGAACCGGGUUAGACACCGAACUGUUCUUAUAUAGUUGAUGUUGAAAGUCAAGUCCUGUUGAAAUUGGAUGAUGUACAGACUAAUUUACCGGCACGUCAUAAUUUCUCCCAAGUUAUGAGGUCGAACAGUAUAGUUGCCACCACAGACUAAUUUAUCAGUUGGGUCUUUUACGAGUACUAAUUUAUUUAAUAGGGAUGAUCUCUGUAUUCUAAAGAUUUUGAUAUGGGGUGUAUGGUUUGACUCAGAAUAAAAUAAUACUUAUGUUUUUUCCACCAUUAUGAAACCUAUAAAAGCAGAUUUUGGUGCCGGCGAAAUUUGGUGCCAGCAUUAUUUCAAUUUUAAAUUAUUGGAAGAUUUCAGAUGUACAUAAUAAUAUGUAAAUGGAAUGUAAUUGAUCACACUGUUUUAGAUAUCCUUGCCUUUUCAA